AUGGUCUCCUCUUCCCGAGCCAUGAUGUCCCUGUUCGCCAUUCUCUGUCUGAUGGCAGCCGUGAGCCAGCCCUUGACAGCUGCCAAGGUGGAUGCUCAAAUGAAACUCCCAACGGUGGUCCUGGAGGAGAUCACCACCAUUUCCAGCGUCAGCUGCUCGGCCGAAUCAGUGGAAGUCGUCUUUGCUAGCACGGCCGACUAUCAGCGCAGCGUCUCCGCGUGGCCCUCGUCCAGCUUCAUCCUGCUCGCCAACCACCUCGGCGACUGCGACGCGGAGAACGAACGCGGGGUGUACCUGGUCGAGUCGAGCACGGUGGCCAGCGCAAACAACAACACCAUCACGGCCCACACCACCCGCAGCUCGUUCCGGGACCAGGCGCAGUCGAUCUCGGUGGCCUUCAACGCGAGCGCGGUGGCAUCCCACAAGCGCGACUGGACCAUCUCCCUCUCGGAUGAGUGGUCGGGCGAGCUCAUCAAUACGAAAGAUCUCGCCAUCGACGUGCAGGAUGUCAGCCUGGGCACAACCCUGGACCUGAGCGGCGGGGUGGAGCUGGAUGUGACCAACUCGACGGCGACGAGCCUAUACCUGGAGCUGGAUCUCGCCCUUUUCGCUGAGCUGAAUGCGUCCGCGCAGGCGACCGCUGCCUAUUCCACGGAUCUCUGGAGCUACACUUACGACGCCCUGUCGGUCUCCGCCUUUGAGAUCACCGGAAUCCUCAGUGUCGGCCCCUCUCUGACCCUCGGCCGAUCGUCGGGCUGGACUCCCUCACAGACAGCAUCGGCGACCCUGUCUGGCGAGGUCGAUGCGCAGCUGAAUCCGUUUGCGAAUGUGGAACGCGCGGUUUGGGUGAACGUCGUCAACGGUCUGCUCGAGGUCUCCGCCGGGGUCGAGGCUAAGGCCGAGGUCGUGAAUACCUUCUCGGUGGCGGGCGCCGGGGAUGUCAGCUCGACCACUGGUGUGACGGCUGUGACUGGGACGGGUGCUUGCAGCAAUGGGUACUGGUUCACAGGUGACUUCGUCUUCGACGUGGACGCGUUCGUGACCAGCCUUUACGCGGUGGCUCUGUACACGGUGACAGUUCCGAUAUUUGCGACGGAAUGCUUUCCUUUUUGA